AUGGCUAGUGUUGGCACAGCUUCCAGUUUCUCCGAUGACUGGUCCCGACCUGACCGGCCGACAUCAGUUGAGUUCCAGAUUGUACAGCACGGUGGCCAUAGCUCCGCCGUGGAGUUGCUCCCAUGUCGGUUACAGUGGUCCAAGCAGGAACCCCAUACUGGGAAGGAUCGUUUUAUGCGAGCAGUAUAUGAGGCAUCUUACUUGCGAGCUGAAAAUGCCUAUUAUCGCAAGGUUCGGCGAUCAUCGAUCCUGCUCCAAGCUGAAAUCGAAACUGUCCUUCUUGCCUAUUCAGCUGUACAAGAACUACGUGCUUGUCUCCAUCGUCUUGACGAAUUAACCGUGAAAAGCGAAAGACAAUCUGCCUCGUUGAGACAAAGCGUGCUGGGUACUAUGUGGUCUCGCAAUGCAAGCUUACUCCGCACUGCAAUUGACGACUACAGGGUUAUGAUUGACAGGAUUGACGCUAGCUUUACAAAACUUCAGGAAUCUCAACAAGAUUUCACUGCAGCUUUAAGACGAAUUGACCAAGAAUAUGCCGACUUCUUUACUGUACAACUAGGCGAGGAAGCAGUCAAGUUCUGA